AGCCUUGCGGCUCUCCCCCCAGGCUCCCCUCCGGGUGCGCGCGACCUCCCAUGGCGUACAACUUCGCCACAGCCGGCUACCACAGCUUCAUCCAGGCCUCCCCGGGCAUCGACGUCGACAAGCUGCGGGCCGAGACUGUGAAGAUCAUCCGGGCCUUUGACCGCAGGUCCUGGUACGACGAUCCUAUUCGGACGCUUCUCAACGGCGAGCCUGUCGCCGCGCAGGGUGACGCCACGGCCACAACGGUAGACGCGUUCGGGAAGGAGAACGGUUCGCAGGUGCUCGCUGCCCCAAGCGUGGUUGACAAGGUCAUCGCUCACGCCCGAGGCUUCGCGGUCGCGUCGCGGGACUCGCGGGCCCAGGUCCGCGCGAUAGAGGAUGAGUUUUUCCAUGGCCCGCUGGCCGCGUCGCUGGUGGCGAUGCAGGCGCUGGACUUCCACAAGCAGGACGGUCUUACCGAGAUAGAGGAGAGCACUCAGGCGUACCUGGUGGAGCGCAAAUUGAACGAUGCUCUGUUUCAGGACGAGCUCGAGGGCAGGUUGGCUAUCGGCCGCGCGGCAGCCUUCGUCGGCUGUGUGAGCAACUUUACGAAUUUCCUCGACCUGUGCAGAAAGAUCUUCAGGAACGUCGAGCUGGGUGUCCCCGUCGUCGUGCUCUCUCGCUCCAACACCACGCAACACAUGUACAGGUAUGUGGUGCAGCUUCUUGGACUGAUGAAGCAGCGAGGCAUCGACGCUGGGCUCUGCACCUACUGCUCCUGCUCCAUCGAGGAGCAGCGCAGACUUCUUGCUGCCUGCGGGGGCGAGUCGCCGAUGUACUUCACCGGCUCGCGCGCGGUGGCCAGCCGCAUCAAAGAGGUCGCACCGAAGCUCAUGGCAUCAACGGGUGGACCGAACACGAUGGUCGUCGGGCCGCAGUGCUUCACUCCCGAGGUGGCAGAGGCCGCGCGCAUGUCCAGCCUCAUCGAGCACAAGGGCCAGUGCACCGCCAUGCGCCACCUCGUGCUGCCGGGGGCCACGGCGGCCGACGUGGCGGCCAUCUACGAGGGCGCGGCGCGGCUCGGCGGCGCCGCGGACUGCCUGGAGAGGGGGGCGUUCUCGGCCCUGCUCAAGGGCCUGGCCUCGCCGCUUGCGGAGGGGUACGCCGCCCUCCGCCUGCAGGGCUCUCCAGCGGACGGCUGCGUGGCCGUGAGGAUGGGCGAGCGCCCCCCCGCGGACAUCGACGAGCAGUGGCGGGAGGCUUACCUCGACGUGACCGCGCCCGCGGGCCUCGGCCCGGACGUUCUGGUGGAGCUGGCAGCCUGGCUGAACCGCGAGCAGCCGAUCUCCCUCGCAAUGAACUGCGAUGUGGCGUUGGCCAAGGAGCUUUUCGAGACUACCUCCCUGGUGGUCUACACGGUUGGCAACUUGGAGGCGAAGGCCCCAGCCUUGACGGCGCAGGCACGACCACAGGACGGCGAGUGCUUCGGCGAGUUCCCGCCCAGG